AUGCCCAAAGUCCACCUUGUUGAUUACGUGGCGGGGAACAUCCGAUCCCUGGUCAACGCCAUUGAGAAGUGCGGGUAUGAAGUUGAAUGGAUCAGGAGUCCCGAGGAUGUGAAGAAUGCAGAUAAAAUCAUUCUACCAGGCGUCGGCCACUUCGGGCACUGUCUCAGCUCUCUAUCGUCAGCGGGUUAUCUCCCCGCCAUCCACGAGCAUAUCGCCUCAGGCAAACCUUUCUUCGGCAUCUGUGUGGGCCUGCAAGCACUCUUUACCGGCUCCGAAGAAGCUCCAUCGGUGCCAGGGCUGGGGCUGAUUCCGACGUCUCUCCGCCGCUUCAGUCCCAAGAACAACGAUGGAUCACGAAAGUCAGUACCAUGCAUAGGAUGGAACGAUGCUUCUACACUCCACCAGCAAUCGCCAUCUACUUCGUCCAGGGACCUUUCAGCGACUGGGAAAAGCUUUUAUGGCCUCAAUCCCACCAGUAAGUACUACUACGUACACAGCUACUUUGUCCCUUACACACCCGGGGAGUUGGAGAAGCAAGGCUGGACAGUCGCGACAGCCACGUACGGGGACCAGACGUAUGUAGGGGCGGUCGGCCGGGGUAAUGUUCUAGGCACACAAUUCCACCCUGAGAAAUCCGGUGCCGCCGGUCUGAGAGUAAUCAAGGCCUUCCUUGAAGGCCGAGUAUGGUCGGAAUCUACAGCCACGGGGUCCUCACCAGUGGUGUCAGUAUCAGAGGUCAAUGACGCCCUCCCUACUCUGGACAACGGCGCCAACGGUCUGACACGGCGCAUUAUCGCGUGCCUGGAUGUCCGAGCCAACGACUCCGGCGACCUGGUCGUCACCAAAGGCGACCAGUACGACGUGCGAGAGAAAGCCGCGGGCUCGCAGGUGCGCAACCUAGGUAAGCCGGUUGAGAUGGCCAAGCGGUAUUAUACACAGGGCGCAGACGAGGUGACAUUUCUCAACAUCACGUCAUUCCGCGACUGCCCUGUGGCGGAUCUUCCUAUGCUCGAGAUCCUACGGCGCACUAGCGAGACGGUGUUUGUGCCGUUGACCAUUGGCGGUGGGAUCCGUGACAUGGUGGACCCGGCGACGAACAAGGCCAUCUCGGCGCUGGACGUGGCAAAGCUGUAUUUUGCUAGCGGCGCCGACAAGGUGUCGAUUGGCAGCGACGCCGUCCUCGCCGCAGAAGAGUACUAUGCCUCGGGCAAGCGGCUGUCCGGCAAGACAGGGAUCGAGACCAUCUCGGCAGCGUAUGGCGGGCAAGCCGUGGUCGUGAGCGUCGAUCCGAAGCGUGUGUACGUCUCCUCGCCGUCCGAGACCGCGCACCACACCGUCCGCACCGCCGUCCCCGAUGCCCAGGGCCGUGAGUUCGUCUGGUUCGCAUGUACCAUCAAGGGUGGUCGCGAAACCCGCGAUCUUGACGUUGUUCAGCUUGUCACCGCCGUGGAGGCCAUGGGCGCCGGCGAGAUUUUGCUGAACGCCAUUGACCGUGACGGCCAGAACAAUGGAUACGAUCUCGAACUGAUCGGCCUGGUCAAGAGCGCGGUCAGUGUGCCCGUCAUUGCCAGCUCCGGUGCCGGAAACCCCUCUCAUUUCGAGGAGGUGUUCAGAAAAACCGAUGUGGAUGCCGCUUUAGGGGCAGGAAUGUUCCACCGAGGUGAAUACACUGUUGCCCAAGUAAAGGAGCACCUCGCCCGCGCUGGACUGCUCGUUCGACCCUUUGAGGAGUUCCAGCCAUGA